AAACUAUGUCCAAGCUUUAGGCCACACAAAGGAAUUUCGUUUCUUUCAUCUUCGAGUGUCUGCUUCUCUCUCUGUCUCCCACUUCCGCAAGAAACUACUGCCUCGUUGUUUUUGGAAUUCAUUUGUCAGGUAAUUUUAUUAAUGUUAAGAGAGAACGACGACCACCAAAAUGUCGUCGCAAGAGCAAGCCCUAUUGUCCUUACUCUCCCACCUCGCCUUCUCCGGUGACGGUGCCGUCUUGGGCCUAGCCUUAGCCUACGCCGCCGUCCGUUCUAUCCUCAAGUGCAGAACUACCUCCUCUGCCCUCAACAAGCUCCGCAAAGCCCCUUCAGUCAGAGUAUCCGAUCUUCGCUCAGUCAUUGCCAUCGACAAUUCCGAUAUUUCGAACGAAUCGCAGUCAUCUGAUGGCAAAAUCUUGAUCGUCCGCGGCGCUGUAGAGGCAAAAUCGGUCAUAGACGGCAGCUGGAAGAGCCUGAGGCCAAGCGCCUUGGUUUCUCAAGAAUCUGGAGAUAAAGCCGUUAUCAUUCAGAGAACUCAAACUUGCAUAUACAAUGAAUGGAAAGGAUUUUUUGGAUGGACUUCAGAUUUACGGUCCAUAUUUGCGAGGUCCUGGAGAGAACAAGAAUCCACCUUAUUACGAACGGUUCCUUUCAUUCUUGUUGAAGGUGGAAAAUGGCCAACUUCAGACUUCAUUGUUGUGAAUAUGGAUAAAUCGAGGCAUCCCUUACCUCUCACUACAGUUUAUCAUCAAUUGCAGCCUGUUAAUGCAUCUCCUUACACAUUCCUACAGGCACUUUUUGGUCAUGAAUUCCCUGUCGGUCUACUUGAUGAAGAGAAAAUUCUUCCAUUGGGAAAAGAUAUCACUGCUGUUGGAGUAUGCAGUUUUAAAGAUGGAACUCCUGAAAUCAAUUCGUGCAAGGAUCUUCCCUAUUUUCUGACUGAAAUGACCAAGGAUGAGAUGGUUGUGGAUCUUGCUUUCAGUUCCAAAAUUCUGUUGUUGAGCAGUGUUGUCCUUGGUUCUCUAUCAGUUGGAAUUCUUGGUUAUGCUGCUGUGAGGAACUGGAAUAAAUUGAAAGAGUGGAGGCAACGAAGGCGGCUGCAGCAACCAAACCCUCCUGCUAGUGAUGAUAUUGAAUUUCACAUCUCAGAAGAGGAGGAUACAACAGAUGUUCCAGAUGGACAGUUGUGUGUCAUCUGCCUGACUAGGAGAAGGCGAUCAGCAUUUGUUCCGUGUGGGCAUCUAGUAUGUUGCCAAAGCUGUGCCAUAUCAGUUGAACACGCGGCUGCACCAAAAUGUCCCCUUUGUCGUCAGGAAAUCCGCUCUUCAGUGCGGAUUUAUGAUUCUUAGAAAGAAAUUGACAUGGAUGCCUCAGGAGAUGUUGUAAAUAUCAAGAGUGAGCUGCCGUGCCAUUUGCCCUUCUUCUUUUGUGAAUGGUACGUAUUUAGUCAAUAGUAGAAAUACUAGAAGCAUAUGUCAUUGCUCAUACUGUAUAGUAUCCUUUCUAACAUUUCAGACAACAAUUUGCCAAGGAAUGAUAUAUUUUAUAACAUCUUUUCUCACAA